AUGUUGGUCUAUGUCGACGAUAUAAUCAUUGCCGGUUCAUCAAAACAAGUGGUCGAUAAGCUUGUCUACGUGUUGUCUUCCUCAUUUCCACUUAAAGAUUUCGGUCGUUUAAAUUAUUUUCUAGGGUUUAAAGUUGUUCACAAUUCAGGGGGAAUCACAUUGCUUCAACAUAAGUAUGCCACUGACUUACUAUAUGGUGCCCACAUGGAGAAUUGUAGAACGGUUUCAACCCCUAUGUCUGUCAUAGAAAAACUAGCUAGUAACUAUGGAAGACCACUUGCUGAAGAAGAUGUGUUCAAAUACAGAAGCAUGUUUGGGGGUUUACAGUAUCUCACGCUAACACGACCUGAUAUCUCCUUUGCAGUAAACAAGGUAUGCCAAUACCUUUCGAAACCUACCGAUCUGCACUGGGAAGCCGUCAAAAGAAUUUUGAGAUAUGUUAAAGGAAUUGUAUCUACCGAAUUAAGAAUUAGACAAUCAAAAUCCAUGUUAUUAAGUGUGUUCACGGAUGCAGACUAG